AAUCAUUAAUUAUUAAAUAUAUUUAUGUAAAAGUCUUUCAACAAUUAGAUAAAAAGCUAAAAAUAUAUAACUGGAAAAAAUAUUUUUGUGAAAAAUGUCUGCUUUCUUUUUUUAUACUUUGUUUUAUACUUUAAUGUCAGGAUGUAUCAUAUAUCCACCUACAGAAUUUGUAUCAGCCGGUUUAACCAUAAAAGAUAUAUUUUCAAAUUGGUUAGGUAGUGAAAAUGAAUUUUUUGUACAAUAUCAUAUAAAAAGAAGUAUCAUUACAUUAUUUAUACAUUCUAUGCUCCCAUUUGGUUAUGCUUUUGGUUUAGUUUUGUUUGGACAUGUAGAUGUUGUCAGUGCAUUAUUAGAUCAUGUCAAUUUAUGGUCAAUAUUUGUUACUUGCUCUAUAUUGAUGCCUUUAUAUACUUUAUAUAAAAUCUUAAUAUGGUCAAUAAAUAAUUGGAGUAAACAUCCAAUAGCACAAAAUCUUGCAAUUUAUUGUAACAACAAUAAUAAUAACAGAAUGUCAUGGACUACGGUAGCUUCUGAUAUUAAUGUAGAAUAUCAAAGAAUAGAUAAAACAAUAAUUACUACAAAUAGUAUAACAUCUAUAAUAGCCACUGAUAAUUGGAUAAUUAAAGUUUUACCUUAUAGAAUAAUGGUUGCUCAUCAAAAUGAUACAGCUUUAAUAGUUAAUAAAAGUGAUACUCAUGAAAUGUCACCUUUGACAAGAGGAGAAGUUCAAUUUAUUAAUAUUGAAGUAAAACCUACUAGACCAGGAUCACAACCUUUUGAUAUAAGAUUGAAUGUAUUUGACUUUAAAAAUCUUCAAGAUAAAGUAUCUCGUCCUAUUAUCAUAUUACAGAAUAUUACAUUUCAUAAAACUUUACUUGAUAAAUUUAUUGAUAAUUUUAAAGAACAAGUACAAGAAAAUCCAUAUUAUGAAUAUACAGAGGAAUUAGGUCAAUGUAUAGGAUGUAUGCAAGCCUUAUCAAAUAUAAAAUUGAAUAAACAAUGUAGUAGUGGUAUAGGAAGUGGAAAUCUUGAAGAUUGUAUGGUAUGUUAUUGUCGUCCAAUGUGGUGUAUAGACUGUAUGGCAAAAUGGUUUGCAUCAAGACAAGAUGAAAAUGCACCUGAAACAUGGUUAUCUUCUAAAUGUACCUGUCCAGUAUGCAGAGCAAAAUUUUGUAUUUUAGAUGUAUGUCUUAUACAAUCUACUUAAAUGUAAAAAAUAAUAUCCUAAUGGAAUUAUAUUUUUUAUUUUAAUUACAAAACUAUAUUCUAUCUAAUAGAAACAAUACAUAAUAAUAAUAAUAUACAAAAAUAAUUUUUAAUAUUAUUUAUUAUGUUUUGUUAAUUAGAAUAAAUGAAAAUAUAAUGAAAUGUAUUUUUCAUAGAGCAUAGUGUGAUAUAUUCAUGCCUAGAUUUCUAGAUAAAA